UUGUCAUUGAUUCAAGUCCCUGAAGUCGUGAUUUCGUGAGAUUUCGUUGGAAUUUGUGAUUUGUGCUUAAGUGAGUUUGACGGACGCGUCUUGUGUGAGAGUCAAAAUAAAGUAUUGUGACAUUUUAUCAUGUGAGUGAUGAGUUGUACCGAAAAUGAAAAUGGACCUUUUGUGGUAUUCUUCCUACCAGCGAUUGUGGGCUGCCUGACCAUUUUAUUGGCUAGGCGCUGGGCUAAUUCACAAGUUAGCAACACAUCGUCCACAGCUGUUUCCAGACGACGAAAAAUUAUCAAAGAUCCGCUUGUAAAGCGGCCUUUGCCGCCGAUUGCCUGUAAAAUGGUCCCUCCAGGGACAAAGAAGGCUUCUGGAGUUGCUAGGAAGGGGACAGUACCUUUACUUGAAGAUGAUAUGAAUGGUGGUGGGAAACGAAUGUCUCGUGCGCCCCGAAUAUCAUCAGCAGUACCACCAUCAGGCAAUGUCGGAACAGAUACUAAGUUGAUGGAUGGUGUGCAACAACCAAAACAUAUACCAUUUCCAUAUAUCCCACAAGAUAGUGAACUCCUGUUUGAGAUUAUGAAUUUUGUCUUCACACUUGUGGCAGCAGGAUUACAGUUUCUUAACCUAUACAGGACAGCAUGGUGGUUACCACACUCAUACACUAAUCAAGCAAUGAAUUUUUAUUUGAUAGACCCUCAUUUGGUGGCAUUUAUAGUGACAAUAAUAAGUCGAAGGUUAUUCUUAAGCAUAGUAUUGGCAGUUUCGAGACAAUUUAUUACACCAAAGUUAAUGCCUCAUGUUACAAACUCUGCUAGAACAUUUGUACUGGGCGUCAUUUUAGGAUCUCUGUCAUGGUGUACAUAUUUCAUUGCACUUAAAUAUGUAUUCUUGGAGACUCUUUAUCUAUUUUAUCCAGUGGUGUUAUACUUCAUAUUGUUUGGCUUUGAGUUAAGUCCAUUUUUAGAGUUGAACAGUGGUAACCCACCAUUACACAGUUGCUCUCAUGAGCCACAACAUGCACGGAAUGAAGCUGAUACAUUGACCGCAGAUUUCAAUAUGAGAUUAAUUAAAAUACUGUUCAACUCUCUCAUAGAAGCGUACUAUACUAGUUUUAUACCUUGCUGUUUUGCUCAGCCGUUCCUGUACUACGACAUCUACGCGGCAAGUCAGCAGGUAGGCUUAGUGCUGUGCGCGCUGUGCGGCCGAUACUGCGCUCACCUGCUGAGCGCUGCGCACUGCGAUGUCUCGCACCGCGCAGCUCUGCAUCUCGGACGAUGGCGACUCGCCCCACUCCACGGAUCAGAGAGCAGCGUAGCGUGGUGCGGGUCGCGGUGGUGGGGGCGGGGGGCGCGCGUGCGUCACGCAGACGCGGAGUACGUGGCGGACGCGCCGCACGUCGCCGCGCACCCCGCAGACACGCACCACGCCAGGUUCUACGCAGUGUUCAUAAAUCCCUCAACAUUGCUGUGUCUGCUCGUAAGUCUACAGUUAACAUUAGUUGUUGUUCAAUUGUGUUUACUGUUCAGUUCUAUAGCGUGGCACAACUUUAUGGCGAUCAUUUUCUUACUUUUCAUCAAUUAUUACACAUUAUUCAAACUAUUAAGAGAUUAUCUUGUCUCAUGGAAGGUAUAUAAAGCUGAACAUAUGAUACAAGACAAAAAUGGUACAGUUUUAGCAACCAAUUGAAUAUCAAACUGUUUUUAAUAUUUCAUUUAGCUCACUAAAUUUGUUUUUUUCUUUCUUUUUUUAUGCAUUUCACUUAGCUAUUGAAUUAUAGAGUCGUAUUUAUUAAUAUUUUAUCGUAUUUUAAAUCUACGAAGUACAAUCAUUAUAAAUAUACAUUGGAUUUAUUAAUAGUUUUGAAAGGGAAUUGUUUCUUUGACAGUAACAUGUUGUUUCAAGUGAUAAUAUAUUUAAAAAAGGAUGUUGACAGACAAUAAAGUGAUCCUACAAGGGUUCCGAUUUUUUCCUACCUUAAAAACGAAUAAGAAAAAAAAUACUUGUGAAAUAGAUUCUGGCCUAUAUGGUCUUAUAGAAUCACUUUGUUGUCCGUCCGUCUGUCUUUCAACACUCUUUUUCUCAAGGACGCCAAGAUAUCAAACUGGAAUUUAUAUUUCAUGAAAAUUAAUCAAAGUUUUUAAACGUUGUAGUCAAGUGAAAUGCAUUUUGUAAUAACGAUCUGAUUUGAAUCAAUUAAUUGUACUUAAUGGUUAAUUUGCGCUCGUGUUGUAACUAAAUUUUGAACAAAUUCCUUAAAAUAAGUUUCGCUUUUUGUUAUUGGAAGUUAUAAGACUGAGAUGAACUAAGCUAUUUUUUUUUCUGUUUAAACUAUUCCAAUCUGAUUUAAGUUCUUUGUGAAGGCGACAUAAUAAUACAUCUUAAGUUCUUUAUUUUAUUAAUCUUAAAAUAAAACUUGCCAUAAAUUUGAACUUGAAAGUUGAAAACAUGAGAAAUAUCAUUAAAAUACUUGUAGUAAAACGUAUUUUUGUCUCUGGUCAAGAAAGAGACGAAAAUAUGUUUUUAUUCAUUUGUGUUGACUAUGAAAAAAGUACGGCAUAAAACUGACUAAAGUUUGACGCAAAGAGGUUACCAACCUUUUUCCAAUAAUACGAUACUCAUAGAAAAAACAACAAAAAACCUUUUUUUUUUCUUUAUUUAAGUUGAAAUAUUUUUUAGGUUGGUUACAUAUCAGUUAAUGUACAUCUGUAAUGUAUAUUGACGUAAAAUUAAAAAAUAUUGUUUGCAAAACAUCACAAUCUAGUCACCAAACACAAAUGUAACGAAGAUAUGUGAAUAAAAAUGAUUGACAGAU